AAUAAAUAUAAUUAUUUUUUAGAAUAAUUGAGUAAAAAUAAUAACAAAAAAAAAAAGAAAAUUAGUGUUUGUAAUAUUGACAUGGCGGUUGCAUUUAAAUUCAACGGUCGUCAACUGUGACAAUUUGCUUAUUGCUUGUCUGAAUUAGUUGGGGGCUUUUAAUCCUCAGUGGUGAUCGUUUAGCACAUUUUUCUGCUUAGGCUAUAUUUUGGAGUUUUAUUUAUUGAAAAUAAAAAGAAAACAUUAUCAUAGCCUAAAAAUUAAUAUAUUAUUUUUAAGAUAUAUUUAAUUGUCCUGAAGGGACAAAGUGAAAGUAUUUGUUUUUGUCUGAGUAUUUGAGUAUUUUUUUUUUUUCUUUUUUUCUCCCUCGUUUAUACAAUGGAUCCUUUCGCCCAGCGAAUGUUAGAACGAGCAAAGAAACGUCGUGAAUUAUUAGACGAGCGUAUGACAAAUGCUGGCCAUGAUGUUAGAGCACGACGAAGCCCUUUGAGAGAUGCAAAUGUUUUUAGUACAGCAAUUGCUCAAAAAAGUCCAACUAAAAAUGUGACAGCUUCAAAUGCUACUGUUGCUCCAAAAGCAUCAUCAGUAUCCGUUGAAGAUUCACAUGAUGAUUUUUCAAGUCAAGAGUCAUUAAAUUCUGUUGAUCAAAUUAUGAAGUCACCAUCAAAACCUUCAUUGUCUGAUAAUAAUAAAAAAUUAAGUAUAUGUAAUGAAACAAGAGAUAAAGAAAAUGUUGAAAAAAAUGUAUCAAAUGUUAGAUCAAAAUUAAACAGAAUGGGAAAAUUAUAUUCAGAUGAUUGUAGUCGUGAACUUAGUUCACCAAUUCAUAGAACAGAAGAAAAAUUUACUGCUGAAGAUGAAGAAGCUUUACGUGAAAAAAAAAAUGUUAAAUGUGGUGCUAGAACACAUAGACUUGCUGCUCUUGCAUCUCAAAUUAAUAAUUGGGAAGAUGAUUUAUCUCAUCCUACACUACCACCACUUAAAAAAGGUGAAAGUAAAGCUGAAAAAAUACAAGCUAAAAUGAAUGAACAAGUUAAAGCUGGAUCAUCAGAGCCUCAACCAAGUACAAGUGGUUAUGGAAGAUGGAAAAGUAAUGCUGAUAGCCAACCUGGUGCUAACAAUAGUCUCAACAGACAAUUCAAAUGGGAUAAAACAAUUAUAGAAAAUUUGGAGGCACAGGGAUAUACUCGUACUAAAAGCAAUUCUCGUCUUGUUUAUGACUAUAAGAAUUGUUCUCAGGAUAAAAAAUCACCAAAGGAUACAAAAGGAGAUAAUAAAAGAAAGAAGGAAGACACAUCAGUAUUAACAAAAGUUAUUCAGCCAACUGAAUCAUCAACAAAAAGUCCAAGUAAAAAUACAAAAAUACUUGAUACAUCAAUUAAAAGUACAAGUUCAAAUGGUAGUAGAAAUAGAUUUGGUAAUUAUAAUGGUUCACCAAAAAGUACAGUACAAUCUGGUUCACCUGGUUCAGUUCUCAGCAAAGCUUCACUGUUUGAAACUAAAAAUACAAUAACUAGAACAAAGGAUCCAGCUGAAAUGACAUUAUCUGAAAGAAUGGCAUUAUUUGAAAGAAAUAAAGGUGAAGCAUUAAUUCCAAAAGCACCAUUAUCAUCAUCUGUACCAACAAAAAAAUUAAUGGAACAACGUGAUAAACCAUCAUCAUCAUCAAACUAUUCAUCAGAUCAAUUGAUGCGUAAUGGAAGUGGCUCAAGUGUCUCAUCAAAUCGUGCUUUAUUUGAGCAAGGUAUUGCUAAACAAGAACUUGAAAAAGAUGUAAUUCGUGACAGUCAAAAUGAAAGACAAAAAGAGCUUGAAAUGUUACGUUCAAGAUUUAAUAAAAAUAAAGAAAAUGCACAAGCUGCAGCUGGUUCAUGCAUUCGUCCACGUCAAAAUUCUGAACCAACAACAACAUCACCUAAAAAUUCACCAGUAUGCCCGGUCAAACCAACACCGGCCAUGGUAAACCAUAUUUCAACGGAUUAUGUACCACCAGCUCCACCAUUACCAGGUAGUCCAAUGACAUCAACAAGAAGUGAACCAAUUCAAACAAGAUGUUCACCAAGUAAAAGACAAGUUGCUGGUACACCACCACAAUCAUCAUCAUCAUCAUCAUCAUCAAAGCUUAAUAAACGUCAAUCAAAUUUUAAUGAUGUUAAACGUCAAAAAGUAUCAUCAUCACCAUCAAGAUUAUAUCCAAAUUUAGCUGAAAUGGAAUCAUCAGAAACUGAAACACCAGAUACAGAAUAUACUAUUGGAACAACUGAAGCAGAAACAGCAACAUGUGAUGAAACAGAUUAUGAUUAUUAUCAAGAAGAAGACGAAGAAGAAUCAAAUAUUGAAGAAAUGGCUAGUUCAAGUUUUGAAAAUAGUGUAUUACGUGUUGUUAAAGAUCGUAAUUCAUCAAUUAAUAAAAAACGUACAAUUGAACCAUCAAUUGAUGAUUCAUCAACAUCUGAUAUAUCAGUGCUGGAUGAAAUGAAUGAAUUUCUAGAAGGUUGUCUAGAUGAUGAUGACGAGGAUGAUGAUGAUGAAAAUGAUUAUAAUAAUAGAGGUAAACGAACAAUUGGUGGUCCAACACCACCAAAAUUAAAUCGUGCUGCUGAAGAUAGUCCAUCAAUGGCAUCAAAAAGUUUUAAAUAUACUCAUGGUUCAGCAAAACGUUCAUCACUUGUUGUAACACCAAAACGUGAACAAUAUAUUGUUGAUGAUGGUAAUAAAGUACCAUUAAUGCAUUCAGUUAGUUUUUAUAGACGUCAACAAUCACAAACACCUAAAACACCAAUUAAAAGUAUAUCAAGAACUGUAGAAAUUGUAUCAGAUUAUGAUUAUACUUCUGGUAUUGAUGAAAAACAAGAAGCAGCAUUAGUACAAGAUAAAAUUAAAUAUUUAAAAGAUGAAGUUAAUAAACAACAAACAAUUAUUGGACAAUCAAGUCAAGCUGUUAAUUUAUGUGCAGCAACAAUUGAAUUUAGUGGUUCACGUGAACAAGUUGAAGGUGAAAGAACAUUAUUAAUAGCAACACAUAGAAGACAAGCAGCAUUAAAUGAAAUACAAAGAUUAAAAGUUGAAGGUACUAUUAAACCAAGUUCACCUGGUUCAUCAAGUGUACAAGAAAGUGGUACAUUAACUGUAUCAGCAAUAACAUUACCGUUAAAAAAAGAUCAUAUGCGUAAUAAUGAUGAAAAUAUGUGUAUACAUUUUUUGUGUCUUGUUCGUCAUCUUGAUACAAUUAUUGCAACUCCAAUUGUAUUAGCUGAACCUGGUGAUUCUUGUAUACGUUUUCCAUCAACUCUUAAACUUGAUAAUCUAUAUAGUGAUUUUAAAGUUACCAUUGAAGUAUAUUCAUUAGAAACAAGAGCUGAAAUAUUACCACAUGAUGUUAAAUAUCAUAUACAUAAUAAUGGUCAUUCAAGUGGUCAUUCAAAUAAUAAAAAAAAUAUUAAUAAAACACCUAAAAAAUAUUUAAAACAAGAAAGUCGUUUAAUAAUGCCAACAGUACAAUCACCAGCUGGACCAUCUGCUGUACGUACACCAUCAUUUACAUUGAGUGGUUAUGUUAUAUUUAGUCUUAAAGAAAUUAAUCGUCAACAAUUUACACUUAAUAAAGUACCACGUAAUUCAGCACUUGAAUCACGCCUACAAAUGCAUGUUACUUGUGAGCUAUCAGUUGAUGUUGAACAUCGUGGUUUUUUAACAAUGUUUGAAGAUGUAUCUGGUUUUGGUGCAUGGCACAGACGUUGGUGUUUAUUAAAAGGUGAUACAUUAUCAUAUUGGAAAUAUCCAGAUGAUGAAAAGAAAAAAACACCAAUUGGUAGUCUUGAAUUACAAGGUGUUUCUACUAAAAAUGUUGGUUUAGUUGCACGUGAUAUAUGUGCAAGACCAAAUACAUUUUUACUUGAAACUGUUAGACCUUUUCAGAGUAAUGAUGUUGAAUGUUUAACUGUCAUUAGAUGUGGCUCACUAACUACUAUCAGACAUUUGUUGUCAGCUGAUACAAAAGAAGAAAGACUCGAAUGGUGUUCAAAAUUAAAUCAAACAUUAAAUCUUCUUCGUGCCUGGAGUGGAAACUCAUCAUAAUUUACUCAAAUAAGUUUAAU